AUGUCUGAACAAGAGACCAAGUCCACUGAAGAGUCAAACAUCGGCGGAAAUCUUGACGCUGCCGGAUCUGCCUCAGGUGCUGGAAGUGUAGGAGCCUCUGCCAAUACCAAAAAGACCGAAGAGAAAAAGAAGCCCAAAAAGCUCGGCCAGAAAUCAGCAAACGGAACACCACAAAAAGAAGUAGCCGACGGUGACGCAGACGCCGGCGCCGAAGAAGCACCUUCAACACCUCAACCCAAGAUGGAACAACAGUCUCGGUCUAAGUCCCGGCAAGCCAGCCGCGCUCGCGGUCGUCAACAAAGUCAACCACCCAGCGACACCGACAGUGCCUAUCGAAGCGACGUAUCCCAGAAAAGAAAGCGGAACCGCAACCGAGGCAAGAGCCAACAGCAAGCACAGACGCAAGAAGAAGAUGGUGGCGGCGGCCUCCUCGGUGGAGGUGGCGGUCCUCUAGACUCUGUCGACGAGGUCGGAGAGACAGUCAACGGUGUCACCGAAGGUGCCGGAGACCUUGUGAACGAUACGGCUGGUAAGGCGCUCAACAAGCCCACAGAGGCCCUCGGCGGUUUGCUCGGGAACAAGAAGAAGGGCGGUCAGGAGGGUGAAGACGGCGAAGAAGACGCCGGCGAGAACGAGCAGCUGAGAUUAAGGCUCGACAUCAACCUUGACAUUGAAGUCCAACUCAAGGCCAAGAUCCAUGGUGACUUGACUAUUGGUCUCCUGCCUUCCCUUUGCACUCGAGUCCGUUCAGGAUUUCGACGCCAAUAUGCAUCCUCCACGUUAGCUCCCAUCCUUGGAAGUUGGCCUGAGGAAACUCGCUCAUCCGACACAAUCUAUGCCUUAUCCACGGCACCAGGCCGAGCGGCCAUAGCGGUUGUCCGCAUCUCUGGCCCAGCAUGCCUCGACAUCUACCGCAACUUGUGCCCCAACCGGCCGCAGCCAAAGCCACGGACAGCCACAUUACGCAAGCUCUACCACCCGUCCGUAGACUCUCCUGCGGACCAGCAAUCCAGAGUCCUCGACAACGGCGCCUUGGUCCUGUACUUUCCUGCGCCCAACACAGUGACUGGCGAAGACGUGCUGGAACUGCAUGUCCACGGUGGUCGUGCCAUUGUGCGCUCCAUCCUUGAUGCCAUCGCGGCGUGCGAGCGGAAGCUGAAAAAGAAUGCACAAUACAUAAUCCGCCAUGCCGAGCCAGGCGAGUUCACCAAGCGCGCAUUCUACAAUGGCAGACUGGACCUCACGCAAGCCGAGGCGCUGGGGGAGACGCUGGCCGCCGAGACUGAGCAGCAGCGCCGACUGGCAGUGAGCGGCUCAGACGGCGGGCUCGCAAAGCGCUACGAGGACUGGCGCCUCAUGCUUCUUCAUGCUCGCGGCGAAAUGGAAGCCCUGAUCGAUUUCUCCGAGGACCAACACUUUGACGAGUCGCCUGUUGAGUUCAUGGCAUCCGUGUCUACGCAAGCUCUUGGGCUGAAGAGACAGAUCGAGAUACAUCUCCAGAACGCGUCGAAGGGUGAGUUGCUCCGCAAUGGUAUCAGCAUUGCCUUGCUCGGUGCGCCUAAUGCAGGCAAGAGUUCACUGCUCAAUGGGAUUGUGGGCCGCGAGGCGGCGAUCGUCAGCGCUGAGGAAGGGACGACCAGAGAUAUUGUCGAUGUGUCAAUCGACUUGCAGGGCUGGCUGUGCCGGCUGGGCGAUAUGGCUGGUCUGCGUGCUGGGGAGGGUGAGGCAUCUGUUGGCGCAGUCGAGCAAGAAGGUAUUCGACGAGCACGAGAGCGCGCGUUACAGUCCGACGUCGUCGUCGCGCUACUGGCUAUAGAGAAAACGCCAGACGAUGCGUCCCUCGAUGUCCCUAUCAAUGAGCAGGUUCGUGAGGCUGUCUACGAGUGCCACGCUGCGGGCAAGACGAUUCUUAUUGUCCUGAAUAAGGUCGAUCUUAUUGCUCCUAGCGAAAGAGAAGAGGUCAUGAAACGACUGUGGAGACAAACUGAGGAAGCUUUCCCCAUGGUUCCGGCGAACCAGAUCUGCACGGUGUCCUGCAGGAAUGCAGACACAACCAGCAGCAUCGGCCAGCCUAGUACUGAUCCAGGCCGGAUUCAGGCAUUCCUCGGACGAUUGACCGACGUUUUUGCCAAGAUAACCACGGCGUCUACGUUUAAUGGCGACGAAGACUGCGAAGCGAUGAGUCCGGCGGAAGCACAAUCGUACUGGGCGGCAUCAUUGUCUGUCACGCACCGUCAGAGCAUGUAUCUGGAGCGGUGUCUGGGUCAUCUCGAGGACUUUCUCGAUCAGGCCCAGUCACGAUCUGUCGACCGGCACGAGACUCAAAUUGAGCAUGGUGAUGUCGAUAUCAUUACUGCGGCAGAACAUCUACGCUUUGCGGCAGCUUGUCUGGCGAGAAUCACGGGCAAGGGCGAAGGUGGCGAUGUGGAGGAUGUGCUUGGGGUGGUCUUUGAAAAGUGA